AAGAAGGCCUUUGGUGCUGUUGCUCAAUGAUGAGUAUGGGACCAGAAACGGUGGAAUAUCCACAGUCAACCGUCAGAUCGGGUGCUUUCUGGCUUCAAAAGGAGCAAAGGUGUUUUGCACAGUUCUGAAUGCCACACAACAAGACAAGGAUGACGCAGCUAUAGAUGGAAUUCAGCUGCUUUUCCCAACACCGUUUGAGCGUGAUCCGAGAGAGGCAGAGCUCUAUUGGCUGACCUUUGAUCACCAGAUCCGAUAUCCAGACCUUCCCUCACACGUAGACUUCAUCGUCGGCCACGUAUCAAUCACGAGCCACGCAGCAAGACGGAUGAAGGAACGCUUUCCUGGCGCAACAAUCGUCCAGGUCACUCACGUGAUGCCAGAAGACACCAGUCAGUACAAGGGUGACGAGAGGGUGUUGAACAUUGGACAGGAGAGCAACAACAUUCUGGAUGACCUACGGCAUGCUGAUGUUAUGUUCUCGGUUGGUCCAUUGAUAUAUGACUACUACAGGCAUCAGACGAAUCAGCUAACACUACAACAUCAUUAACUCUUGCCAAAGCCGUCUGACAUCUUCAUCGAUCUGAAAUUGAAGCCACCCGCCGACACGGAAACGAAAGUGGUGCUGUCCAUUGGCAGGGUGAAGGGUGUGGAGAGGCUGAAAGGCGUUGAUCUGGCUGCGACGACCAUGGGCAAGGUGAUGAAAGAGCUACCCCACACGAAGUGGAGGCUUCGCGGCUUCAGACGUGAUGAUUUUCAAGCAAGCAGGAGCAUCAUCGAAGCCAAUACGGGUAGAUUCCAGUUCGUACCCUUCACACCUCUGGAAUACGGUACACAGGAGGAGCUGUGCGAGGACAUGAGAAAGGCCGAUGUCGUCCUGAUGCCGUCUCGUGCAGAGCCAUUCGGACUGGUUGGUCUGGAGGCCAUCGCCGCAGGUGUCCCAGUCGUGAUUUCCAACAAAUCUGGUCUUGCAAAGUUCCUGACGAAACAAGAUCCCGAGUUUGACCGCACGAUCGUAGAGAUCGACGAUGACGAUGAGGAAGCCGCCAAAACGCUGUCCAAGCGCAUCAUCAAGAUCCUGACGGACGGACCCAGAGAGUUCAAGGCCGCACAAAAUUUGAAGAAGAAGCUGCUGGACUCAGAGUACUGGGCUGAAUCACACAGCAAGCUCCUCCAAACCUUUGGCCUGGAGGGCUGAACGUUUAACCAAUGGCAAAUGGCACUUGGCAGUUCUACUUAAUAUGGCUUCAGAACCCACCGUGCACACGCAUCUUGAUCAACCGUCUGUCAAACAUGUUGUAUAUACCAGUAAACAGGUGUACAUGUAUAUUAUUCCUUAAGUCAUCUAUUCUGCAAACCAAUGGAUAUGUGGGUAAAGCAUCAAGUGUCCAUAUCGACCUGGUAACGGGACUUUCUCAGAUGGCAGUACUCUGCAGAUGCUCAUUCUGAACUGUUGUUAA